GGAGAAUAGAACUGCCUCUAGGCAGUAUUAUUGGGAUCAAGUAUCGAAGUACCUCAUCAGAGGUUUCAAUAUUUACCUACGACUGUAGGUGCGGGUCUCGUACCCAAUGUCUCUCUCUCUUGAGCACAUCGAUGCCUGCCUUCCAAUAUCUGGAAUAAGAGUCUUCAGUCUGCAGGGGUACGAUGUAGUAAUCUAUGGCCAGGGUCCUUAUACCCGCAUUAUUAAUGAGGCUACUGGAGUGGUUCUAGCCGAAACUAGGGCCUUCAAAAGGAACAAUGUUCAUGGCUUUCUAAUUACUGAACAGAAAUCGCAGAACAGUGGGCAGAAUGAAGUGCAGAUCCUAACGUGGGGUGGACAUUCAGUGAGAGUCCUCAGAUUGAGCUAUCUGAAAACUGAUGUUGGGUUCCAACAUCUAUGCUUGUCAGUAGCAAGCCGCGAGUAUGCAGCUCCGGACUGGAUCCUCGAUGCGUGCGCUUCUCAUGAGGACGAUAAUCGGAAUAGAGCUUAUUUGGUCACGGCUCAUAAUGCGUUGCUGCUUCUUGAUAUCAACCCUGAGACAGGGAUUCAUUUGCAACAGCUAGCAACAGGCGUCAAAACAAUGCUAUAUUCCGCAGACAUCCUGGCACUUUCUGCUACACAUGUCCUCAUAGCUGCUGGGACUGUCUUUGGUGAAAUCGUCGUGUGGUCUUAUUUUCUUGAUGAAGAUGGAAGUUUUCUCACAGAUAACUGUACGUCUAUUCACCAUUUUUUUACUGGACAUCAGGGAUCCAUAUUUGGCGUCGACAUAUCUCCUGAAAUCGCUGUCGUACGUGAUGGUAAACCAGGACGGUUACUCGCAAGCUGCAGUGACGACAGAACGGUCCGGAUCUGGGACAUCAGUGACUGUUCCAAAGCGUCACGCCACGAUCCUUCUGCAUAUUCUACGGAUGGGUUCGAACUUCGAACGACAGGAUUCGGUAGUCAUGCUGAGACGUCUUCUCUUAGCUCGGAAAACUGCAUCGCGGAAUGCUUCGGUCACGCCGCACGAAUAUGGGGUAUCCAUUUCCUACAUACGUCAUCUGAACCUACGGUGAGCCUCGUUUCUAGGGGCGAGGAUGCAGCCUGCCAAUUAUGGAAUCUUACAUGGGACAAUCAUCUCUCGUCGGAGCCCAAAUUCCACUUGGAAAAUUUGUCAACCCUGUAUCAUCAUACCGGAAAGCACAUAUGGGCUUUAGACAUUCUCAGGGCACCCAACAGCACCGUAAUCUACACAGGCGGUGCUGAUGGUGGCCUGAAAGCCAUAGAGUUGGGUCCUAUCAACAACAAAGUCCUUUCUGCUAAAGCUUCUCUGAAGGAUGAGAAAACACUAGUGAGGACUGAUGACCGAAUCAAAGCGUUUGACUUUGUCACCGACGAUUGUUUCAUUGCAGUCACUGUCCAGGGACAAAUUCGUAUAGGUCACUUUCACCCUGGACCUAACCCUCUGUGCGAGCAAGAUGACCGGAUCUCUUGGGAGGAAAUAUCCACUGAACCCGAUCUCGCGUCCUUCGCUUUCAUCGCCAGUCUGCCACGUCGAGGGUUAGCGGUGAUAGGAAACGCAAACGGUCUUAUGCGUCUAUAUGAUCACCAUUCAAAGACCAUCAGAGUCGUUGCUGAGACUGGCAGGCGGCCAAUGGACCUCUAUGUUCUUGAUCAUCAGACAGAAGGGGCCUCUAACGAUAGUCCGGCUGAUUCUUUCUCCAUCCUGGCAACGCGUGCUACUUCCGACUAUGCUGAUCUGAUCGUCAUAAAGUCACUGGAUGGUUCGAGCCCGGACGUAGACACUUUUGAACUGGCAUUGCCUUCUACUUUCAAGGUAACCAGUUCUUUGUAUCUUUGUGGUCGCCGUUACAUUACCUUUGGGUCGCUACUUGGAGGCCUAGCGCUAUAUGACAUGUCGGUUCACUCAGAUGCACCUUUGGAACCUCUGAUAUGCAUCCGUCGUGUUCAUGGCUUCGACGUGGUCACUUCUCAGACACAUGUCCUAUCACGCGUUGAUGUGGACGGCACGCAUGUGGAUUAUUUCAUAACCUGUGGCCGAGAUAGCUUCUACUGUCUUCAUGAGUUGAGAUCAGCAGCUGAACCAGGAGGUCCCGUUCAUCUCAAAACAAUCCAUCGUUCUUCACCUUCCCUCAAACAGACUAUUGAGGGCGCCUAUUUUGAAAAAGAAACUGGUGAUCUGAUGUUAUAUGGCUUCCGCAGUAAAGAUUUUGUUAUUUGGAACGAAUCAACUCGAUCUGAGCUGCUCACCAUUGGCUGUGGAGGCGUGCACAGAAGCUGGGCAUACUGCAAUAUCCAGGCAUUACCUGGGUGUGGGACAUUCUUGUGGAACCAGGCCAAGAAUUUAUACACUGUCCGAAUGACAACCCCCUUGCAAAGAACGCUUCGUGUGGGCAGUCAUGGUCGAGAGAUAAAGUGUAUGGAGACGACAAAGAGUUCGGAGGCCCUUUUUGCCACAGGCGGCGAGGAUACAACAGUGCGCAUAUUCAAAUCAGCGCCUUCAGCAGCGAAUAGCCCACGAGGAGCUUUCGAAUGCUUGCGAGUGCUUAACCCACAUAAUACUGGACUCCAGCAAGUGACGUGGUCGUCAGAUGGAAGAUUCUUAUUCACAAGCGCGGGCCAAGAAGAGCUAUUUGUAUGGAGAGCACGCUCUAUUCCGGUGUUCGGUCUUGCGAUCAUCCAAGAGGCGUCCUGUCCGAAAGAUGACCCUCAGUCUGAUCUCCGAAUAACCAGCUUUGACGUCUUAGACAUAACAAGUGAAAAGGGGGAGGAUCGCUUUUUAUUCUGUCUGGUCUGCUCUAAUUCGACAGUGAAGAUCCUAUACUAUACGUCCUCAGACGCGGGCUCCCAGUUUACGCUGCUAGCAAAGGGUACAUAUAUGACCAAUUGUCUUACUCGGGCACAGUUUUUAAUGUGCCAUUCUUCAAUCAACCUGAUAACUUGUGCCACCGAUGGGCACUUUUCAGUCUGGGACCUGCGUCACAUUCUGGAGCCUCUUUUCUUUGUUGAGUCCUCAAAAGUUAUUCCACGGCCGUCGGCUCUGUCAGAUGCUGUAAAGCUCGCCGAUCUGCCCUCAUAUACACGAUAUCAGAUCCAUCAGAACAGCAUCAAGUCUAUGGAAUACGUGGAUCUAUCAGACUCGAUGAAAAUUAUUAUUGCUGGUGGAGAUGAUAACGCACUGUCGAUUUCCUUACUCGCGCUGCCAACCAUCGACGUUGCCAAAGAUGCUGAAGUGACAACAGUAUCAAUACCCGAUGCUCAUGCAGCUUCUGUAACCACAAUCAAAGUGCUUCCUUACCCGAAGGAAAUGCUAGAUGCUACCGGUUCGCAAAGAAACUUCCUUGUUGCAACUUCAGGCAACGAUCACCGGAUCAAAAUAUGGUCAAUUACGAUAGACCUUGAAAAGAAAGGUUCAGACGUCAUUGAUAUCGUUGAGAAAGUAAAUCGGUAUUCCCCGGUUGCGGAUAUAUCGUCUAUGGAUAUCAUCCGCGCUCCGGCAGCAGACUCCGAUUCCGAAAAAGGCUUGAAGCUUCUCGUCUGUGGAGUUGGGAUGGAGAUGUUGGAUAUUCAGUUUCCUUAGGAUACCCAAGCAUACAAAUGAAAAUCUGCCUCGUGUUAGAUCCCCAAAAACAUUCUGCAACUUGACUUUUCAUCUUAGAUUCCGAUACGAGAAUCUGAGUAUUUUCUGGUUGGUGGAAAAAUAGCUUUGGAUUAAUGAAU